CAUUCCCUCCUUGUCACUUUGCUCAAAGGCUAUCUCUAUUCUCCAAUUCUCCACCACGUACGUCCAGGGACAGUAAUGGGGGGCUCGACGAACGUGAAGGAAUGGUGGCCUGCCAUCUUCAUGUUGUUGAUCCAAAUUUUCACGACAGGGUUAAUGUUGCUCACGAAGGUGGUGGUGGACAGUGGAUCACUUGCUUGGACCUUGCUCACGUACCGCUUCUUCCUUGGCGCCAUCUUGGCCAUCAAACAACAUUUAAUUAUCAAAAUAUUCACAAUUCCUGGUUUCACCUACAUUGGCCUCGGAGACACAUCGCUAGGAUACGCGGUAAACUUCUAUAACAUCAUACCGAUUGUCGCCUUCAUCCUCGCGGUCCUUUUCUGGAAGGAACCACUAGACAUGAGGAUCCUGGUGGGGAACAUCAAGGUCGUCGGAACCCUGGUCGGUGUUGGAGGAACGCUGGUGAUCAGCCUGUACAAGGGCAAGGUGCUGCACCUUUGGCCCACAAAUAUCAUCGGCUACCACCCAAAGCAAGUCGGAGCUGCUUUUGGUCACCACCAUGUGCGUGGAACCAUCUUGCUCAUCACCAGCAGCCUCAGCCUCACUGUUUGGUACACAGUACAGGCAAUACUCAACAUUACUGCCAAGUUUGUGAUGAUUUCGUGGGUCAUCACGCAGCGUGGGCCAACCUAUCUGGCCAUGUUUUGCGCCGUGACGGUGUUCUUCACUACUAUUCUCGACUCGUUGCUUCUCGGCCAUGAUCUGUCCGUUGGGAGUGUUCUAGGCAUGUUCAUGAUUCUAGUUGGGCUCUAUCUUUUCCUUUGGGGAAAGAGAAAAGAAUCGGUACCUCCCAGUGAAGAAAAUCCGAAGGAACAAAUGUUGUUUCAGGGUGGAGACAAAAAUGAUAAAACACAAAUGAAUGAGCUACGGUUAAGGACAAUCGAAGGCACGGGGAAACGAAGAUUUAUUUCGAUGUUCACUCCCUUGGAGGGGAGAUAG